AUGACCGAAUAUGGAAAUUUUGAGGAAAACCUGAUACAGCACAGUUCAGCACACUUCAGAUUGCAUAAGAAUCUAUUUUUAAUUGAUCUGAUUUCCAAAAUUUUGGAGACACUAAGCGUCAAGCUAGCCCCUCAUCUUGUUUUCCCUAUAACUUUGGUAUGGGAAUGUCACAGUUCAAAAUAUCAUCGGCACAGUAAAGCACACUUCGAGCACAGUAAAUGGGAAAAAGCCUCCAAUGUUGGCGACUCCAAAUCCCAAGACAGCGGCAUCCACGUCCCGGUCAACUACGAAGUAGCCAGGUACCUACGAGUACCAUCGACGGGCGACGAAAUGGGCCACAGUCCUGGCGAUUCCGGCGCUGGAAUUUCGACACCCGGUACCAUAAGCUCGGCGUCGUCCAACGACGAUCUAAGGCUGGCUGGUGCGGUUGCCAGAUAA